AUGCACGCCACAACGUCAUUUCACGCCUCUAUUACCUUGCCAGCUCUCAAUAACAAGCAAUUCGAUGUACAUAUCAAAAAAGGGCAAAACGUGAAAGAUUUGGUUUACCAUCUUGUGCAAACUUACAACAUACCACCUUAUUUAACGACCACUGUACAUUCUCUAAUCUUGUCUGUCUUACGUGACGAGAGUUGUUCAUCGUCAUCUCUGUCAACACAACAACACGCAAAACAAAGCAAAAAAGACAGUCGUGAUCAAUACAAGCAAAGCCUGCGCAAUUCCUUCAUGUCAGCAUACCAGUUACAUACCCUUCAAUAUAACAAAAAACCUGAAGAAGACAUUUUCCCUCGAGCAUAUCAUACUUUAAUACACUGUCCGAUAUCUAGCAUCUUCGACACAUUGCUUGAAUUAGAACAAAGUUACGCUAUAGCUAUACAAGAGUUAUUGACAGCAAGUGAUCAAGAACUCGUCAAUAUUCAAGCGAGACAGGCACAAGAAAUUGAGUCUGCAUCUAGCCAUUCAUUCAGCCAUCAAGAGACUAACCACCAACUUACGGCAUCGUCUACUUCUUCUUUGACGAGCACACAUACUACGAACAGCAGAAACAGCAGUAGUGCGAAUGGUGUGGGCAAUAACAGUUUAACGGCGAUUUUUGCUCGACAAGUAGAGGAGAUGGAAAUAUUUCAAGCAACAUGGCAAUCAGAGAUAAUACAAGCGCAACAGAUCCAACGGCAAGAAUAUCGAGAAUUUGUCAUUGAGCUUUACAAGGAAUAUCAAUCUCGUCUGUCCGUGCUAGCAGAAGCGGAGGCAGCAGCUGAAAAAGUAAGCAAAGAAGGAGGCGAGGGCAAAAAACUGGCGGAGAGUCCUCGUAGUAGUCCUCAUCAUCUUCUAUCGGCAGCAGCAGCUACUAAACUGGACGGAAAUGAGAUGGUGAUUGCCGCAGCGAACCGUGUGGGGCAACUGGAGGAAGGAGAAGAGGACGAGGAAGCAGACAACAACAGAACAGCGAUGACAGGCGAGGGUAGUCUGAAAAGUGAAAGUCAAACAUCCGUCUCCUUGACAUCUCGUAAAAACAAUGGCCAACAACAACAGCAGCCUAAAGGACGACGACGCAGAACAAAUUCUUUAGCGAGUUUGGGUAGUUCUUCGGGAUAUAACAAAUCUGCUUCCUCUUUAUUGUCUACUUCGCCUGCGCCGAACGAAUUAGCUAGCCUUGUUCGCACGACGUCUUUGAGCGACAACAGCUACUUGGAGGAAGAUCCAGCUGCGAAAGAAGCGGUCAAAAACAUACAAGAGAUGGGCUUUGUAAGGGAACAAGCAGAAAUUGCCUACAUCCUAGCGAAUCAGCAUAUGGAAUCAGCGAUUGCUUUACUAUUAGAAAAUCCCGAACGAGUGGACGCGUUUAUGGCAGAACGAAAGUUACAACAGCAGCAAUUACAACAUCAACAACAUUUUUCGCAAAUGGCCAGACCGCCUGCUAGCUCCAGCACACCUUAUCGACGAUCCCAUUCGCUCAGUCAAGUGCCGCGUCCUAAUAUUCAUCAAUUGAAGGGAACAGCAACAGGAGCGGCAUCCACAUCGAGUCUUACAGCGAGUAACAAUAGCACACAUUCUAGCAUGAAUACGAGGCGUCAUUCUCUGCAGCGAUUUGCUACCACGCCGACAUUUUCAAGCCUGUUGGGUGGAGGGAAUAAACAACAAAAUGGCACGUCUCAUCAACAACACCAGUAUCAACAGCAACAGCAGCACCAGCACCAGCAACAACAACAACAGCAAAAAGGUUGGAAUCCUCUUUCUUUCUUGCACCAGCAAAAGCAAGCUUUGGAAAACACAAAUCUCAGUUCUGUUCGUAAAUUGGGUGGUUGGUUAGGGAAGGCGAUGGAGAAUUUCGGUAUUGAUCAUGCACAAGGCAGCAGCGACGGUGUGCCGCAUCAUGGAGGAAUCGCGUCAUCGAUGCAACAACAACAACAACAACAGCAGCAGCAAACAACGGGGCUACCUUUACUGGUAGAAUCGUUUAGUGUCAUGAUGGGUACAGCACAGAUUAAAUCGAACUAUAAUUUACGGCUUCUCGUGCAAGAUAGCAACGAACUAUUCAACCCGGUGAUAUACGAUCGAACGAGAGAAAUGGCGUAUCGCGCAGAAACAGCGACAAAGCUCUACAAUACCAGGCACCAUCAUUUAUCAGCAGCCAUUGUCAUUGUCGAACUGAACGAAUUGGCUGGUAAAAGGAGACAUCAUCAAAAGAAGGGUACGACCCAUGAGACAGUGGUGACCGAAGACAAAGGAGACGGUUGGAGACAUUACAAAAGCGGAAAGGGAAACAACAAGGCGUUAUUUGAGCGUUGUCAGCAGUCGACUGAAUUCCACUUUCCCAACAUGGAAGCACAACUGACGCUCAUUGAACAGGAUUUCAAACAGGAUGAAUUACUACAAGAAGGCAGUUUCUUUAUCACGAAGCACUCCAACUUGCCCACCACGCAAAUUGUUUUUCAUCUCAUCAUGGACACAUCCUCUGCUUCCUUCACCGCUCUGGACUUGUCGUCCAACCGUCAUCAUCAUCCGCUUCUCCUUGGUUUCAGACAUAUUCUGAAAAUGGCGUCUCAUUUCGAUAUUUCAUCUCUUUCGAUACCACUUUUAUUACUACCCGAUCGAUGGAUAGAACACGCGCCACAUGAUCUUGGCCUGUUGACCUGCGGCAGCAAUAGCAGUAGUCAGACGGUCAAUGACAUGUUGUAUAAACGUGGUGAAGCGAUCAUGAAAUGUGUCAAGGGCUUUUUGAUUGAGAACUCAAGGAGUAGUAAAGGAAAUGAUGGAUUGUUGGACAGAGCAGAAAGUAUGUCGGGUCGAGGAGGCAUCCGCAAUAUCGAGUUUAUACUGCCGAGUCGACCUGAUAUUUAUCAAUCCACGGCUGUCAAAAGUAGUAGUCAUAUGAAACUGUCACCGGCAGCUCAACAGCAACAGCAACAGCAACAACAACAACAACAACAACAACAACAGCAGCAGCAGCAGCAGCAGCAGUCAUCACCGUACGUUUCUGAUCACUCUAGCUCGGCUUCUGCUUUGGAUACGUCUGCUACGAUGACCACGGCCAACGCUGAUGGCAUGGCUUCAUUCACUGCUGCACCUAACGAUGUAUCUCCUCCAUUGCCUCCUUCAAGAUCAGAUUAUCAUGGCGAAAUAUCACAGGAAGUUGAAAAGGCAUUUACACACUUCAGAAACUUGUUGGUCAAUUUAUUUAGAACGAGUUAA